AUGAUAGCUAGUAGAGCAGAGAGAAGGCUGUUGACAGUACUUUUAACAGUGAAGGGGUCGCUCUCCCAGAGCAAAGCUAAAGGAGCUAUCAAUCGAGGCUUUCGGUUUUCAUUUGAAGUUAAAGAUGAUGAUAAAGAUGAUGAUGAUGAUAAAGAUGAUGAUGAAGAUAAAGAUGAAGAUAAAGAUGAAGAUGAAGAUGAAGAAUCAUCCCAUAUAAAUGAUGUUCGAAACUGA